AUGCGGGACCCGCCCGGCCCCGCGCUGCGGGCGGCGCUGCCGCUGCUCGGCGCCGCCGUGUCCCUCUGCACAGGCCUGCAGUGCGUGUGCCAGCUGUGUGAACACACCAACUUCACCUGCCAGACGGAGGGCGCGUGCUGGGCCUCGGUCAUGCUGACCAACGGGCGCGAGGAGGUGGUCAAGUCCUGCGUGUCCCUCCCGGAGCUCAACGCCCAGGUCUUCUGCCACAGCUCCAAGAACAUCACCAAGACCGAGUGCUGCUACACCGACUUCUGCAACAACAUCACCCUCCGCCUGCCCCUCGCGUCGGAGUCCGCGGGCAGGGCCGGCCCCAGGCCCGUGGUGCUGGCGGUGACGGUGGCAGUGCCGGUGUGUGUGCUGGUGCUGGUGGCAGUGCUGGCCGUGUGCACCUCCCGGGGCCGCCGGCGCCGCGCCCGCCGCGGCCACAAACCGCCCAACGUGGAGGAGCCCCUGUCCGAGGGCAACCUGGUGAGCUCCGGGAAGACGCUGAGGGAUCUCAUCUAUGACAUGACCACCUCCGGCUCUGGCUCUGGUUUGCCCCUGCUCGUCCAGAGAACCAUCGCCAGGACGAUUGUCCUGCAGGAGAUCGUAGGAAAAGGCCGGUUUGGCGAAGUCUGGCGUGGGAAGUGGUGCGGGGAGGAUGUGGCUGUGAAAAUCUUCUCCUCCAGAGAUGAGCGGUCCUGGUUUCGGGAGGCAGAGAUUUACCAGACAGUCAUGCUGAGGCACGAGAACAUCCUGGGCUUCAUCGCUGCCGACAACAAGGAUAACGGGACGUGGACUCAGCUCUGGCUUGUCUCCGAGUACCACGAGCAGGGCUCCCUGUUCGACUACCUGAACAGAGGCACGGUGACGGUGGAGGGCAUGGUCAGGCUGGCGCUGUCCGUGGCCAGUGGCCUGGCCCACCUCCACAUGGAGAUCGUCGGCACGCAAGGGAAGCCAGCGAUCGCACACCGAGAUCUGAAGUCCAAGAACAUCCUGGUGAAGAGGAACGAGACCUGUGCCAUCGCCGACCUGGGCCUGGCGGUGAAGCACGACUCGGUGCUCAACACCAUCGACAUCCCCCAGAACCCUCGCGUGGGCACCAGGAGGUACAUGGCUCCUGAGAUCCUGGACGACACAAUGAACACGAACAUCUUCGAGUCCUUCAAACGUGCAGACAUUUACUCCCUGGGGCUGGUGUACUGGGAGAUAGCUCGGAGGUGCUGCGUUGGAGGAAUCACUGAGGAAUACCAGUUGCCUUACUACGACGUUGUGCCUUCUGAUCCUUCAAUAGAAGACAUGAGAAGGGUUGUCUGUGAGCAGAAACUCAGACCGAAUAUUCCAAACCAGUGGCAAAGCUGUGAGAUAACGUGGUUCAGUAUUGCAGUGCCCGGAGCAGAGCGCUGGCCUCGAGCGUCGUGUUCGGCCGCGGGAAGAGGCAGCUUGGGACUCGAGUUCGGGUUUGAUGCAGCAAGUCCAUGACUCACUCUGGUUUUGUGGGUAAACUGGACACCAGGCGAGUCACAGGAAGGAGGUUAAAGCAUCACAACAGUGUAAAAAUACCUUUUGCUGUUGCACUUUUCAUCCUCGUCAGACCCCAAAUGCCCUGGAAAUGUCUGGUGUUGGUUAAAGCUGUUAGCGAAAAAACCCUCAUGUUCCGUCCCCAAACCAAGUAAAAGACCAAAUUUAACCCGGCUUUUUACCUAUUUUUAUGCAAGAAUCUGAAAAGGGGCUAUCAGUAAAAGCAAUUAAAAAAGAUGGAAAUUCCACUAAGCAUGUACCUUAUGAACAAAACCAUCGAGUCAGUUCUCUAUUAACAUUUAUAUUUAUUGUCUCGGUUUCACAUACAAUAUUAUGGUUAGGAUUUGAGUUGUUUUACUCUAUUUGUUCAUUGAACAGAUCGACCAAGGGAUAACUUUUCUUUCUAACAGUUUGUAGAAAAAAUAAUAAAGGCAAUACUUUUCCGUUAGUUACAUAGGGAUAAAGUGGGAGAAAUUCUACCUAGACUGAGAAAAUAUUUAUUUUUAACAAUAUCUUGCUAAUCACUGGUAACAUUUUUUUAGUGCCUUUUGAUGUGUUGGAGGAAGCUUUAACAAAAGCCAACACAGCCUUUUCAGAGGUUUCUUAUGGAAUUCUGUAACAGCACCAGGCUGGUGACGAGUAUUAUCAUCUCUGAUCAUACCACAGCCAUCAAAGUGAGGUGUUGUAUCAGAAUUAACUGAUGUUCUGGCAUUUUGUGAACUGAUGCUUCUGCCCCACUCCAUGGCCCAUGUAUUUGAAUACAGUAUUCUAAUAUUUUUAAUAGCCAAAAUUAUACAUUUCAUAAUCAUAUGGUUCUUUAAAUCCUUAAAUUCAGCUGGUCCAUGGAAAUUAAGCCCAAAGAUGUUUCCAGACUAGCAGAGCUCUGCAAAAAUCUUGUGUGGCCCACACAGCUCCGUGGAUGUCAGUUGUUGGCUGAUCACAGUGUGUCAGAUCAAUCUUUGGGGUAAAAUCUCUUUAAUUGAAACUGUUGCAGGGAAAAACAGGUUAAACUGUUUUACUGAGUGGGGUGGUCUGUAGUAUCAGCACUCUGGGUUUCUUCCUGACACACAUCUCCAGGGCACUGUGGAUCCUUUAUGGCUGUUAAUUGCCCGUAAAUAGGCUCUGAUGCAAUUUACCUGUUUGCACAGGUCCUUGUGUUAAAUAAUGCAGGUCUUUCUGUGGUCUGGAGCUGAGCAGUGGAGAAUAUUUCCCUUAAAUUGCUGGUAGAUUUUUCUCCAGUGUGGUUUCUGAGAUAUAAUCAAAGGUGUUUUAGAGAUUUGGGCCAGAUUGGACGGGGCUCGGAGCAACCUGGUCUGGUGGAAGGUGUUCCUGCCCAUGGCAGGGAAGGGAAUGAGAUGGGCUUUAAGGUCCCUUCUGACCCAAGCCACUCUGUGAUUUAAUUCUUAUGUGCUUCAACUACAUGAACUACCCCGUAGAGCUCAGUGGAUGUGACUUUCUAGGCUGUUUGAGGAGUAAUUUUAGCACGAUCCAAAGCAUGAUGCUGACUUGGGUAUCAAAAUAUUUGCAAACCUAAGAUCCAGCGUUUGUUCUUGUAGUACAUAAGUUGAAAAAAAAAUCCUUAUCUUAAAAAGGAACAAUUGAAGAUACUUUUUUUUUGAGUGGGAGAAGGGUUUCAGUUUUCAGUUGCUGUUCUGGAGUCUCUGAAGGUUGUUGUUCAGCCCUAUAAUUUGAACAAGACCCUUUUGGGCCUGGCUGGGAGGUGUGGGUGGAGGAUUCUCAGGCUCAACUCCCUUGCACAGGUCACAGCUCCAGCCCCAGGAAUACUUUAACCCUUUCCCUGCACAUACCUCGUGGUAUCAGACAUUAUGGUCUGUUUGUCCUGGCGUUUCACCUAACUCAGUAUUUUUGCACUGCUUUUCUUUUUUCUUUUGUUGUUGAGAGGUGAGUGUGUAUUUUGGUGAUCCAGAGUUAAAACAUAACCGAACCAAGGGCUGAUGAUGUUGUAUUGAGCUCUGAAAUGUUUGCAAACUCUACACUCUUUAAAAAAAACCCCAAAGAACCAUUGUUUUAGUGGCCUUUCCCCUCCAUGUGGAUCUGUCCAGUUCCAGUUUAAGUACAGAGGUUAUGCCAAGACAGUUCUGUGCGGUUUAGGGAGGCUUAGGUUUCCUCAGAGGUUACAAUGUUCCUGCUAAUCUUCACUUAAAGCACAAGUUCUUAAACUCAUAAAAAUUUUCAAGGUCAAGGAUGCUCAAACCCCAUCACCACAUUCAGCCUCUCCUAAUUGAUGCUUCUAGUUGAAAGGAGUUACUAAUAUUUUAUAGUUUGCUUCUAAUAACAACCUAAAGCUUAAUGCAGGGAUUAUGGACUGAAAGGGAAAGUUAAUUAAUGUUUCCUCGAGCACCGAAUUUUUUUGUGUUUCCUGAGCUGCUGCCCCCAGACACCCCUCGAGAAAUUCAGGCUGUAAUCUCCUCUGCACUUUGGUACUUUUAUUAUUUGCACUUAACCAAGGUCAUUCCCUCGUGUAACCCUAUAAUGAACCCUACAAUAUUUUAGUCAUUGCUAUGUCACUUCUUUUCUUGGUAAUAAAUUCAGGAGUUAUAGAUAAAUUUAUUUAGAAAUAUGUCCAGUCCCUACAACAGGUCUGAACUCUGAGCAGGCCACGUUCUUCUCUCAAUCCCUGUCUGCCCAGAGCUCCUGUGCCACUGGUGGGCUGGGGACUGUCCCCAGCAGGGGGGUCCUGGGGGCUGUCCCCAGCAGGGGGGUCCUGGGGGCCAGAGGGUUCACAGGCACAGAGGAACAAGCUCAUUUUUGUGUUCCUGAAGGUGAUGGCCCAACCCACCCU